UGAUAUGUAACACCAAAUCGAUGCCACUCAUCCAGGCGUUGCCCACGCCCACGCCUACGCCCACACCAACGCCAACGCCCACACAACCAAUGCACCAUCAACAACAACAACAACAGGAGCAUCAGCAGCAGCAGCAACAACAACAACGUCAGCUGUCCAGCAGCAAACAGUUAGCCAAGUCUAUGCCCGUCACGCCCAUACAGCCGCAGUCGCCCACAGAUCCAACGUCCGCCCAUUUCAUGCUGAUGCCACGUUCGCCCUCGUACGAGCUGUACGAGCCGCGACCCGCACACUUUCGGCAUGCCCACUCGGAUGCCACAUUCCAUAUGCAACCCUAUGAUGACGAUGAAGGCGGCGACGACGGCGACGAGGACGAGGACGAGGACGAGGAUGACUUGGAUGACGGCGAUGUGGACACCUCAUCGCUGGCCAUGAUUACGCCGCCGCCGCCCUAUGACACGCCUCAGCUAGCGCUAGCUACCGCCUCUGCACCACCAUUGCCACCGCCGCGCCGAUUUCGGUUUGGGAAUCGCGAGCUGUUCAGCAUGAGCCCCGGCACGCCCAAGUCCAAUGCCAUUACGCCCACAAAGCUCAGCGCCGCUGCGGCGGCCAUGUUUGCGACGCCGCAGAUGGCGCAGCUGAACCGCAAGUGGGCCCAUCUGCAGCGCAAGCGUCGGCGGCGCAACAGCAGCAACGGCGACUCCAAGGAACUGGACAAGCUUGUUCUGCAGUCCGUCGACUGGGAUGAGAAUGAGAUGUAUUAGCGGC